GACCUCUAAUUUCUUUCCGGAGUUUAUUUAAUUUACUCAGUGCUCGAUGCUCUACAAUUUUGUAGUCACUGAAUUUUGUAGAUUAUUAUACACGAUGCCCUCGGCUGCAUAUUUAUCUUUUGGCAACUCUGCAUAUGAUGUUCUUUGUAGUAUGUUGAUUAUGAACAAACCAGAGUAUAGUAAUAAUUACUCUACAGUUAAUUAAGUUAUAAGAAAAUAAUCGAAGUGCAACGGAGGCAUUUCAUCUUCACACUAUGAAUUUCGAGUAUGAUCCUAUAAGGUUAUCGGAAUAUACAAAGUUUUGUAAUUGUAAUUCAUCUAAUUGUCGUUGCGGGGAAGACAAUGUACAUGAAUGGACAUGGGACAAAGAACACACCACAUAUACUACUGUUUUAUCGGAACAGGAUUUAGAAGUUAAGUUUCAUAAUGGAUUUAGUUAUGGUACAGCAGUUAUAAGAGGUAACAAAGCAUUAGAAAAAGGAAGACUUCAUUAUUGGGAAGUUAAAAUGCUUACACCUAUCUAUGGAACAGAUAUUAUGGUUGGACUUGGUACAAGUAAAGUGGAUUUAAAUAGUACAAAACAUACCUUUUGUUCAUUUCUUGGGCUUGACAAAGAGUCCUUUGGUUUCUCCUAUCAGGGAUAUAUACAAUAUUGUGGUAAAAAACGUACUUAUGGCCCGUGCUUUGGGCAAGGUAGCUUAGUAGGCAUAUAUUUAGAUACAUGGAGGGGUACAUUAGAAUUUUUUGUUAACAGAAAGCCUUUAGGUAUUGCUUUUACCGGAUUACGGAAUAUGGUGUUAUAUCCCAUGGUGAGUUCCACAGCUGCCCAAAGUAAAAUGAGACUAACUUGUAGUUGUUCUGUACCAGUAUCUUUACAAAUAGAAUGUUUAUCAGCAUUAAAGUCUUCUCAAAGAGCAUAUUUAUCAACAAUGUUUCCUGGAUUAAGAUACCUUACUGAAAGCAUUUUUGCAGAUAUUUUAAAGACACCUUUAGAUGAGGACGAUGAUAACGAAAGGGACGAAUUUGACUUUUUAAGAGAUUGUAUGAUUUUUGACGAUUUUGAUUUUGCACUAGUAGGUGUUGGCAAAAAAAAGAAAAAGAAGUGUACAAAUGACAACUAAAUCAGACAAUAUUUUUUAUGUAUAUAUAAAUAUAUGUGUUAAUCAAAAAAAUUAUUUAAAAUAAUGUC